AUGCAGCGUUAUUCCUCUUCUUCUUCAGCCAUGAAUUUAUGCCGUAAAAUCCUCAACCCUAGAAAUCAAAUCCAACCCAUUAGACGACCGUGUGAUGUUUUCAUUAACCAUAGAGGAAUUGAUACAAAGAGGACCAUUUCUGGGUUGCUUUAUGACCAUCUUUUGAGGCUGAGGCUCAACCCUUUUUUGGAUAGCAAAAAUAUGAAGCCUGGUGAUCGGUUGUUCGACAAGAUCGACACUGCAAUCAGGCACUGUAAGGUAGGAGUUGCUGUGUUUUCACCCCGCUAUUGCGAGUCUUACUUUUGCCUCCAUGAACUUGCCCAUAUCAUGGAAUCGAGGAAGAAAGUUAUACCUAUUUUUUGUGAUGUGAAGCCGUCUCAGCUUCAAGUUAAAGACAAUGGAACAUGUUCAAAAAAAGAGUUGCAAAGAUUUACAUGGGCUGUGGAGGAAGCAAAAUACACCGUGGGACUUACAUUUGAUUCAUUAAAAGGGGACUGGUCAGAGUUCUUAAAAACAACAACGGAUGCAGUGAUCAAGAACUUGAUUGAGGAGGAUGAAGAAAAUGGAAACAAGGGAAGGCUUUGCAUUGUGCAGGAUUCUUAA